GCAUGCCAAGCCCCACGCGGAGAGUGCAGUAGAAGAAGCCCCCCCUACUGAUACCUUCUUCGACCGUUGUUCUCUCCUCGUGAGCGGAGUUCUCGGUGUUCGUUCUUCCUUUCUUCGAUCAGCCUCUCUCUCGGAUCAGGGGACGAAGAAUGAUAGAGAGAAGAGCAGGGGAAGAAGGAGAAGAGGAAACCAAGGGGGCGGGCGUCAUGGCUGAGUGCGCGGUAGAAGAGACGGGAGAUGGGAACAAGGGAGAGGAACCGGCGGAGGUGGAGGGGCAUCCCUACGACUUCCACGUAUCGGGUCCUCGCAACCUCGCCUCCUCCAACUGGAGAGAUCUCAUCCGCUCCAACUGGAUGGAUCCAAGUUACAAGAGGACGGUGAUCGCAUGUUUCAUACAAGCAGUAUACUUGCUGGAACUAGACAGGCAGGAUAAGAGAACUGAGGAGAACGGGCUUGCUCCGAAAUGGUGGAAGCCCUUCAAGUACAAGCUGACACAGACUCUAGUAGAUGAAAGGGAUGGCUCCAUCUAUGGUGCAAUUCUAGAAUGGGACCGCUCCGCUGCUCUAUCUGAUUUCAUACUGAUGAGGCCGAGCGGCGCUCCCAGGGCCGUAUUAGCUCUCAGGGGUACAUUACUCAAGAGCCCCACGAUAAGGAGAGAUUUAGAGGAUGAUCUCCGGUUCCUAGCUUGGGAGAGCUUAAAGGGUUCUGUUAGAUUUGGUGGAGCUUUGGGAGCAUUGAAAUUGGUGGUCGAUAGGUUUGGCAGCAGCAAUGUGUGCAUCGGUGGGCAUUCCCUGGGAGCUGGCUUUGCUCUCCAAGCAGGCAAAGCACUGGCAAAGCAAGGGGUGUUUGUGGAAUGCCAUUUGUUUAACCCACCCUCUGUUUCUCUUGCCAUGAGUCUAAGAAUUAUACGAGAGAAAGCUGGUUCUAUCUGGAAGAGAAUCAGAGCUGUAAUGCUGCCUCUGGGUGGCGAGGUUGUGCUCGACAGUGAGGAGAUGAAGGAUUCGAAACCUGGACAGAGGAGACUGUGUACAGAGGCCAAGCAAUGGGAGCCACAUCUGUAUGUGAAUAAUAGUGACUACAUUUGCUGUUAUUACACCGAUCGUGCCGGGGUUGCUGCAGAUGUGACUCCAGACAUUGGAGAUGCCGCGGCGAAGCUAUUCGUAAUGUCCAAGGGCCCUCAGAAGUUCAUCGAAGCUCAUGGGUUGCAGCAAUGGUGGUCGGACGACAUGGAACUGCAAGUGGUUGUUCAUCGAAGCAAGCUUAUUAACAGGCAGCUAAGGUCACUAUAUACAGCAGUCCCACCACCGGCAAUUCCAUUGAAGUCCUAAUAAAACGUCUGCAGUAUUCUUUUUUCUUUGGUCUCUUCUAAUCUCAAUUCCUUUUUUCGCAUUCUUUGAUUUGCAUGCCUUCUUUGCCAUUUCCUUGCAUAAGCAGGAUUGUUCGCCAUGCAUUUUUGCUAGUAAAGAAAACAUAAAGUAUGCUA